GUGCGGGGGGUUGUACUUCGUCUGUUAUUUUCAUUAAAUAUUUUAGUAAAAAUUAUAUUUUAAGUAGAAAUAAUAUAAAUUAAGUAAAAUGGAUGAGAAAGGAAGAAAAGUUAUUGUUUGCGACAACGGCACAGGCUUCGUGAAGUGUGGAUAUGCGGGGAGCAACUUCCCAGCCUUCAUUUUCCCGUCGAUGGUCGGUCGGCCGAUUAUCAGGGCAGAGAAUAAGAUCGGAGAUAUUGAUGUGAAGGACUUAAUGGUUGGAGAUGAAGCAUCUAAGCUCAGGUCUAUGUUGGAAGUCAGUUAUCCUAUGGAGAAUGGCGUGGUCCGAAACUGGGAGGACAUGUGCCACGUGUGGGACUACACGUUCGGUCCCAGCAAGAUGAACGUGGAUCCGAAGGAGACCAAGAUAUUGCUCACUGAACCACCUAUGAACCCCACCAAGAAUAGAGAGAAGAUGAUUGAGGUAAUGUUUGAGAAGUACGAGUUUGACAGCGCGUAUAUCGCCAUCCAGGCGGUGCUAACGUUAUAUGCUCAAGGACUCAUCUCCGGAGUGGUCGUCGACUCUGGUGACGGUGUAACCCACAUAUGCCCGGUGUACGAGGAGUUCGCGCUGCCACAUCUGACGCGGCGGCUCGACAUCGCCGGCAGGGACAUCACUAGGUAUCUCAUCAAGCUCCUCCUCCUCCGAGGCUACGCCUUCAACCACUCGGCAGACUUCGAGACAGUUCGCAUGAUGAAGGAGAAGCUCUGUUACAUCGGAUACAACAUCGAGCAGGAACAACGACUGGCCUGGGAGACCACCGUGCUAGUGGAACCUUACGUUCUACCAGACGGUCGCGUGAUCAAAGUGGGAGGCGAGAGGUUCGAGGCCCCGGAGGCAUUGUUCCAGCCACAUCUCAUCAACGUCGAGGGACAGGGCAUCGCUGAACUCGUCUUCAAUACUAUACAGGCGGCGGACAUAGACAUGCGCAACGAGCUGUACAAGCACAUCGUGCUGUCGGGCGGGUCCACCAUGUACCCCGGCCUGCCCUCGCGCCUCGAGCGGGAGAUCAAGCAACUCUACCUCGAGAGGGUACUCAAGAACGACUGCGACAAGUUGGCUAAAUUCAAGAUCCGCGUGGAGGACCCGCCUCGGCGCAAGGACAUGGUGUUUAUAGGCGGCGCUGUACUCGCCGAGGUCUGCAAGAACAGGGACAACUUCUGGCUCUCUAGGAACGAGUACUUAGAGCAGGGUAUCUCCUGCCUAAGGAAGCUGGGUCCUCGCGCCAGUUAAUGACUGAAUCAAAUACUUAACUACUUCUUAUGUAUAUAGGCGGCGAAACGAUACAGACAUAUAUUCAAUCUUAUAAUUAUUAUGAAAUAAGACUUAAAAUCACCUGAACACAUUUUUUUUAACAUAAAAAAUUGAGUUUCUCCAAGUACCACUAUCCAUCUAUCCACAAAAAAUAACUGUAUCCAUCAUAUUAAUCUGUUUAGUCGUUAAAUUAUGUUUUACAGCUCAACUCGACUAGUUUCAAGCCAGGAUAGGGGCUCAUAGUAAUGAGCAGCAUAGCUCUACGCGCGCCUUUUCGAUUUAUUUAAUGAAACGGUUACGCUGUAAAAGAUAAUUAUUAAUUUAUUUUGUAGUUUUUGAGUAUAACACGAACAGAUAGAUAAAUUAUUAAAAAAAUAUCGUUAUAUUGUCGUGUCGUGUCGAGCCGUCAUAACGAUUCAAAGUAUUCCGUUAUUUUAUUUCGAUUGUAAGUCUAGCUUGUAUAGAAUCAAUGAUUUUAUUAUUUCUAUUAUUAAAAUAAAUAAAUAAAUAAAUUUUGUAUAUCAACUUUUAUAUAUUAGUUCCCUUUUUGUUUAGAAUUUUCCAUUGUUUUAAAAUGUUUGGGCAUAGUAUGUUGGUAAAUAUGUUAAAAGAACAAUUUUUUAUGUAUUUAUUGUCACGAUCUCGAAAACGACUGUUACAAGUUUGAUAAGCGAUUUAAAGACGCAUGUUGAAUUACUAAUACUAUUUUAAAGUCUAUUGUUUACUGUGUACGUCUGUAUAGGCGCAAUUUGAAUUAAAAAUUGGCGAGUUUAGCUCGAUUACCCAUUUUUGUUCGUUAACUUUGCUCAAAGAAAUGUCAAAAUAUUGGACUCAUCUCGCCACUGUACUAUGCACAAACAUUUACUAAUAAUGCAUUUAAUUAUAACACAUAAGACCUUUACCAAUUACUUAUUUAAAUUAAUUACAAGUGUAAUCAAGAGAUUUUUUAAUUAAACAUUCUUACACUUAGACAUUGAUUAAAAUCUUAGAUAGUAGAAAAAUCGACAAUUUGUACCCUAUUUUAAGUUUAAACCCACUAAAGGAGUGUCGUCAUCAUUCUGCACUGGUGAUGGUGAUUAAGGCUUUUGGAAUUAUCCCCGUGCUUAGUAGACAGCUUGAGGAUCACAGUUAAAUCACCGAAAAUUUUAAGGAUGGUGCUGUCUGUACCGAAGAUGUGUGACGUUUAUUAUAGUUAAAAAUGUGGAGAGAAGUAGGUGAAGGAUUGCAAUUUUAGUCAAAUUAAAUUGAACUUUAAAAUAAUUGCUAAUACGGUGAAUAAUCGAUCAUUGUAAGACUUGCAUAAAUAGAUUUGAUAAAAAUCAACCUUAAAUUAAUGAAGUAUAGUUACUUACGACCUUUUUGAAAAUUUAAUGUUCAAUAAUUUUCAAAAAAUAGGCGAGUAAGUCAGGAUUUUUCAAAAACGUGGAACUUAUACUUCCCUACUUUAUGUAAUACACAAUUCAAUCCCAAAUAAUGUCACAAUGCUCAGGUAACUGCCAAACAGACGAAUAAAUAAUGUAAAUGUAAUAUUAUAAAUGAUUGUAUGAUUUUGUAAUACAUACAUAACGUAAAAUAAAAUAAUUA